AAGUAUGUGGAAUGGUGUAUAACCUAUCUAUUGCCAUUUAUUGUCACCAAAUUGGGUAGUCCAAAGAUAACGAUACGUCGGAUAACGAAUCAAAUGCUUACAGCUUACUUAAAAUUGGAACCUAAUGCUUUAAAUAUCGUUCAGAAGAUGAUCGCAAAUUUUCUUUUAAACGAUGAAAACGAUGAACAAAUAAAAGAUGAAGCAUUAAGGGAAAUUCCAAAUCUUAUGAUAAUGGAAUGUAUCGAUCAAAAUUGGAAAAUUUUAAUUAGUAGUUUAGCCGAAAUGUUGCAUACAAUUUUACCAGAAAAACAUGAAAAAAUCAUUCGUCUAUUUGCUCAUUUUGCUGUAUACUUAGGUACGGAAAGAUUGCAAAAGAUUCUAUCAGAGUUAACUACCAAACAGUAUGAAAUAUGCAAAAAAUAUGAACGAAUAAUCUUUGAAACAAGUGAAACAAUGAAAGAAAGUCUUACAAAUAAAGAAAAAAUUCCAUCAAAUACCGAUGUGGAAUUACGAUAUCGAUUUGGUAUUAUUCCAGUAUUAACCAGUAAUAUGCUCAAUAACGAAACUGAUCCAACAUCGAGAAUUAUUGCUCUCGAACAGGUAAAUGAAAUUAUGAAUGGAAUAACACCUGAAGAGGCACGUAAAUUUGCAACCCAUUUGCAUUCAUAUUUUCUAACUUUGGGUAACGUCUUGGAUGAUUUAAAUUUUAAAGUUGUCACACUUUGUUUAGAUGUCCUUCGUUUGACAUUGGAAAAAGUUGGAUCAUUUCUAGCACCAUAUACGCAGCAAGUAGUUGGCUUAAUUUCGAAACAUUUUGGUAAUCAAAAAUCUGCAAUAAGACAACAAAUUAUGGCAAUUUGUAUGAUAACAAUGCAAAAUUGUUCACCUAAAAGUGUCAUCUCAUAUUUAUGCGUUUAUUCGGAACAUCGAAGUUCACGAAUUCGAGAAGAAAUUUUAAAUAUUAUGACGGCCGCAUUGCUAACAUUUGAUUCACGUAUGAUUAAUUUAAAAGCAAUUGCUGAUAUUGUCGUACCAUUGCUUGCUGAUCAAAAAAGACGUGUUAGAUUGGCUGCAUUCGAAUUAUUUGCUGUUUUUGCGCAUUUAUCAAGUAAAUCGAUUAAAGGUUUGCUAAAAUCAGUAUCAAAUUUGGAACAAAAACAUCGAGCUUAUGGACUUUUAAAUGCUGUUAAGGCAAGAAUAUCGCGUAAAACAUUGCCAAAGAUACGUCCUGAUGGAUUGAUCGAAUAUGCUACCCCGGUUGGUACCGGUAUUUCGAUAAACAGAGAUGGAUGGCAAUCGUUGAAAAUGGAUAAUUUAGAUUAUGAAUGGAUCAUGAGUGGUAGUAGUGGAUCAAGCAGUAUUCUUUCCAGAAGAAAAUGGCCAUCAGUUAGUUCGCUGGGAAAACAAUCAUCUUCCUCAGUUCCAACUUCGGAAAAUGCAUUAGCAGAAAUUGUUGAUAGUAAUGAUGAUAUUCCAUGGAAAGAAAAUUUCAAUGAGAUGUUAGUAGAAACAAAAAAUGUGAACAUACCUGGAAAUGAUACUAAAAUAUCAAUGAUUGAAAGGCCAUAUUCUGAUGAUUGCAAUCGUUACAAACAUAAUGGAAAUGGUAUGCAUGAAAAAUGCUGGGACGAUGAUCCGUCUUCACAUUCAGUGGAUCGAAUUCAUUUGGAAAAAUUACAAUUAGAUAACAAUUUAUACCAUACAACAAACAACGAUAGCGAUACGAUUCAUAAAAAUAGAAGUGAUACUGUAAAUAUCAGCAAUGGUAUCAAAAAGGAGCUCAGUGAAGAAAAUUUUACCGAAAAUGGUUCGAAUGGAAUCUUUAUGGCAAACAAUAUUUCACUAAGCAGAAAAGUUACAAAUCCAAAUGAUUUACCUAUUAAACCAUCAAAAUCCGGAAAUUAUUACGAUGGUUAUGCACCAUCUGAACCAGCUAUACCUACUCGUCCCUUCCAAUUGUUAGUGCGGAAAAGUUUCAGCCAUCAAAAUUUAGCUUCUACAUCAAAAACUACUGCUAUCCCUCAGGGUUUAGAGGAUGGUAUUCUUGGUUCAUCAUCAUUAUCAUUAGGAACAAUUAGUAGAAGUGGUAGUAUACGACGAUCUGGUGGUGGUAAUGGACGAGAUUUAUUGAUAUCACAAGGCAUACAACAGGAUUUGCUGGAAAUUCGAAAUAAUCUUAUUGCUAGCGAAUGGGAACGACGAAUGCAAGGUUUAAAAGAAUUCUCGGAAAUAGUAAUGAGAAAUGAUCGAGCAGCAAUAUCGGAUACAAAAGUUUUGGGAGCAUUUGUUGGCCGUACAUCAGAUAUCAAUUUUAAAGUAUCAGUUGAAGCAAUGGAAACACUUAUCACCAUUCUUCCAAUACUUUCUCCUCAUUUUUCAAAUGGAACAUCAUUGAAAGCAGUGUUGUAUCAGCUUAUCAACUCAUUGAUGUCACAUUUGGCUAGUCGUAGCGAAGGACAUCGACAGCAUGCCAAAUUAUGCUUUGAAGAAAUCACAAAAUAUAUUGAAAAUGUAGCUCUUUUGGCACCAUUUGCAGCUGCAACAAAGCAAGCUAAUGUGAAGCAAAAACCAUUUAUGUUGCAUACUCUUAGCAAAUUAAUGGAAUCAGGAUAUUCGAUUAAGCCACGACAAGCAGAAGCAGCAGGUCUUCCGGUUCUUUGGGAAUUGUUAAAAACACCACCUCGAAGCUGUAGUGAUCCAGAAGUUCGGGAUGCUAUUCGUCAUUAUGCUAUCACAAUGGCACGUUGUCUUGGCAUUAAAACGCUUCUAGAUUUGUCCACAUUCCGUAUCAAUCCAAGUCAGAAGAAAAUAUUGCAGGAAUUAAUUUCUUAACCUACUCAAUAAACAAUAUAGUCAAAUUUUAACGUGACGAAUUAAUC